CCUAAGCCCAGCCUGCAUGUGCACCCUAAAAGGAGGGUCCCCUCUGUCUGGCUUGGGGGGUCAGGGCAGCAGAGUGGGUGCAGGCAGCAUCUGGGGGGGGCUGGCUCCUGAUGACACCCUUGCUAUGUGCCCCCUCAGAUGGCGUUGCUGGAUGCGGCUGCCAGCCCUGAGGAGGAAGGAUUCCCAGAAGCUUUGUGCCCCAGGGAGGAGGAGGAAGAAGAGGACAGACAAAGGAACCCAAGGCCUGUCACCUUCUCACUGGGCAACAUGAUGGUGGGACUGGGCCCAGAGAGCGAAUUCCAGAGCCCUGAUGCUGAGGUCUACAUGCACUUCAUGAGGAGCCAUUGCUGCUACGAUGCCAUCCCCACCAGCUGCAAACUCGUUGUCUUUGACACCUCCCUGGAGAUCAAGAAAGCCUUUGUGGCACUGGUGGCCAACGGGGUGCGAGCGGCCCCGCUCUGGGACAGCAAGACACAGAGCUUUGUGGGGAUGCUCACCAUCACCGAUUUCAUCAACAUCCUCCACCGCUACUACCGCUCGCCCCUGGUUCAGAUCUACGAGGUGGAGGAGCACAAGAUUAAGACCUGGAGAGACGUAUACCUGCAGGGCUCCCUCAAGCCACUGGUCUACAUCUCCCCAAGCAGUAGCCUCUUCGACGCUGUCUAUUCUCUGAUCAAGCACAAGAUCCACCGCCUGCCCGUCAUUGAGCCCGUCUCAGGCAACGUCCUGCACAUCCUCACACACAAGCGCAUCCUCAAGUUCCUCCACAUCUUCGGCUCCACCAUCCCCAAGCCACACUUCCUGAAGAGAACAGUGCAGGAGCUGUGUGUUGGUACCUUCCGCGAUGUGGCUGUUGUGCAUGAGACUGCCCCCAUCUACUCUGCUCUGGAGAUCUUUGUGGACCGCCGCGUCUCAGCCCUGCCCGUCAUCAAUGAUGCUGGGCGAGUGGUCGGCCUCUACUCCCGGUUUGACGUCAUUCACCUGGCUGCCCAGAAGACCUACAACAACCUGGACAUCAGCGUGCGGGAGGCGCUGCAGCAGCGCACUGUCUGCCUGGAGGGUGUCCUAACCUGCUACCCCCAUGAAACCAUGGAGGACAUCAUUGACCGCAUCACCAAGGAGCAGGUCCAUCGCCUGGUUCUGGUGGAUGAGAACCAGUACCCGCGGGGCAUUGUUUCCCUCUCCGACAUCCUCCAGGCCCUUGUGCUCACUCCGGCAGGUAUCGAUGCUCUUAACUCUUAGCCCACGACGCUCGACUUUCUCCACUUGCACCUUCCAUUUCUCUCCAGUUCAGGCACCGACCGAUCCUCACUCUCAAGACACCAGGGAAGUGCCACCGUCUAGGCUGAUGUGGGGCCCACUUUCAUGGCUCUGGGUCCGUGGAAGGAGUCCCGGGCUCCGGAGGCUCUCUGCGGGGAGGACCUGCCUGCCCAUCGCAGUCCUGGGGCUCGUCUUGAGUCUGGGGUCACAUCCUGCUGGCCUCGGGGAGGCAGCGAGCAGGGAAAAGGGACCCAGAGAUGCCUCCCGCCAGCAAGCACACAGUGAUGCUCGAUGGGCACUGUGCCCGAGGAGCUGCACAUGCCCACAGCUGGGCACGGGGACCCACACAGCCCCUUGGGACUUGGCCACUCUGCUCCUGUCCUGCUGCUGGAUUGGAGCGCUUUGGCCAUGGCUCCAUCCCCAGCAAGCGCAGUCCUGCCGGCUGCGCCCGGUGCCUGGCAGCGUGGGCUCAGCUGCACACACAGGCUUCUUACAGCAGGGUCACGCGGGGCUGGAGGUGCCUGGAGCUGGCGCCAGGACAGGCACUUGCAUGGGGACCCUGUGAACGGUUUGGGGUGUGCCGGGGGGUAUUUGGUUACUUUCUGGUCUGUUCAGCCUUGUUGUAACAAAGCAGCCUGCUC